AUGACGGAAGUUGAUUGGCGCAAGCUUCUGGGGCUCGAAUGCCCGCCAAGAAUUCUAAUUCAACCUCGUGUCCAAACAUUUUUUCUACGAAAGCAAGAAGACGGUAUUUAUUGCAUUCGUGGUAGGGACAAAUUCAAGAUAUCACCUAAUGACUCAAGACUUUCGCACUACCUCGGGGAUGAGCGCAACGGGGAGCACAUAGCCAAAGAGAUACAUGUUGGAUUCGACUUGGGGAUCUAUCAUGAGUUGCUAUCCAUCCGUGGACAAUGCGGUCGAGAGCCAGAGGAUCAACUCAUUAAAUAUUCAUUUAGAUGCGAAUUUCUCAUCAUAUCUCACCACGAGUUUCCGGAUCUGAAGCGAAGUGAAUAUGGAAAACUCGCAAAAUCGCAUCGCAUCGGGUUUACCACUUGGACCCAGUUCUUGACGGAAGGCUUGCGGGUGGUAUUGGUUGAGAAGAAAGUCGAGAAAAAGUCACGACCAAAGGCCGAACUUAUGAUCUAUAUGCCUUCUGAGUUCUCACUUAUCGAGAAGCUAGUCAAGGUCGAUAUCACUUCCAACAAUGGUCAUGUAAACCUCCGGAAGGGCAGUGAUGAAAGGGGGACUUCAAUUCAUGUAGUUUCGACUCACGAUAGCUGGCCUUUAUCGUUCGCGAUUACCUACUCUGGCCGAGAAAUCCUCAAAAAGGAGUUACAUAGGGGAUCUUUAACAUACAUCUGA